UCACCGCGGGGGCCGCCGGGCCGGGGGGUGGCCGGAAGCGGGUCGGUGUGUUCCGGGGCCGGCGGUGUCGUCUGCCCGCCCCGCCGCUCCGCACCGCCCGCACCGCACCAUGCUGCUCGCCCGGGCCCUGCGCGCCGCCGCCGCGCUGCGCCCAGCGCUGCGCCACCCGCCCCGCCGCCUCCUUCCCCUCUCCUCCUCCUUCUCCUCGGCCUCUCCCCGCGCCCUCCUGCCGCCGCCCGGCUCCGCGCCGCCCCUGGCGCGCUCCCUGUGGCAGCUGGGCGGCGGCGGGGGGCGGACGGCGCUGCUGCGGCCGCGGCGGGGCUCGGCCGGCGGCGUGUCGUGCGGGUGCGGCGGGCUGCACACCGAGGGAGACAAGGCCUUCGCGCAGUUCCUGACCGAUGAGAUCAAAGAGGAGAAGAAGAUCCAGAAGCACAAGUCUCUGCCCAAGGUGUCCGGCGGGUGGGAGCUGGAGGUGCACGGCACGGAGGCCAAGCUGGUGCGCAAGGUCGCCGGCGAGAAGAUAACGGUGACGUUCAACAUCAAUAACAGCAUUCCACCCUCAGCAGAUGAUGAACCACAAGAAGGGCAGAAAGCAGAUGAGCAGGAGCCUGAUCUUACAUCAACUCCAAACUUUGUCGUGGAAGUAAUAAAAGAUGAUACAAAACAGACCCUUGUUCUUGACUGCCACUACCCUGAAGACGAGAUUGGAAAUGAAGGAGAGGAAGAAAGUGAUAUUUUCACAAUCCGGGAGGUCAGUUUUCAGCCCACUGGAGAAUCGGACUGGAAGGACACCAACUACACCCUCAACACGGACUCCCUUGACUGGGCUCUGUAUGAUCACUUAAUGGAUUUCCUGGCUGAUCGAGGAGUGGACAACACAUUUGCUGAUGAGUUAAUAGAGCUCAGCACUGCACUGGAGCACCAGGAGUACAUCAAAUUCCUUGAAGACCUUAAAAGCUUUGUGAAAUGUCAGUAGGUUAAACUAGGAAACUUGCCUUCAGGUGUGGGUAUGCCACAGCACUGCUCCAGCCAGCAAUACCCAAAUGUAUCUUCACAACAGAUAUGGAGAGUAAGUAACGUUGAAUGUGAAGGAUGGGAGAAGGAGGAUUCUCACUUGCAUUUAGGGAUUUGUAUUUAUGUUGCAGCCCUGAUCAAGUUCUCUGACAUAAACGGUCCAGAAUUACCUCACCCUGCUUGGUGGGUUUUGUACAAUUAAGAAUGAAUGUGAAGAAUAAAAUCGGUUCAACAUAUCACUGAAAAAAA